UCUUCAUGCCUCCCACGCAAGUCCCAAACACCUUCCUUUUGGUUCCUAGUACUUGUACUGGGUGAAUAUAUUUGCUUCCUCUAGCUGCUCCCUUGUGUAAACUCAACCAAUUGAAUCCGAAACUUCCAUCUUUCGCGAUAGUCAGGAUCGUAUCGAACGUUUUCUUCAUCGCAUCAGUUGUCGCGAUGGGUUUGGUGAUAUCUCGGUUCAUGAAGAUGCUAUAUGCCAAGAAGCAAACAAGGAUUCUGAUCGUGGGUCUCGAUGGUGCCGGGAAAACAACCAUCCUCCACAAGUUGAAGCUUGGUGAAGUCGUCAUCACAACUCCCGCGAGUGGAUUCAAUGUCGAAACUGUCGAGUACAAUAAUGUGAUCUUCACCGCCUGGGAUGUCGGCGGUCCGGACAAGAUUCGAGCCCUGUGGAGACAAUAUUAUCAGAACACUGAGGGAAUCGUCUUUGUGGUGGAUAGCAUCGACAGGGAGAGGAUUUCGAAAGCUAAGGACGAGCUUCAUCGGCUGCUGAGCGAGGAUGAGUUGCGGGAUGCGGCACUGGUCGUGUUUGCAAAUAAGCAUGACCUUUCGAGAGCAAUGAGUGUUUCUGAAAUUACUGAUAAGUUGGGCCUGCACUCACUCCGACAGGGCCGCUGGUACAUCCACUCGUCUAGCGCGACCGAUGGCCAAGGACUCUUUGAAGGUAUGGAUUGGCUAUCCAGCGUCAUAGCAUCCAAGGCAAAAUGAUGCAGCGACUGAAGCUAUGGAUGAAGCUCCUUAAAUAGAUGAAAAAUCCAUAUGCAAGUUAUAAGGAUUCCGAACAGAUAAAAGAAAAGUAGUAUGCUUCUGUAAGGGGUGAAGAUUCGCUACUGCUCUCCAUAUCGUUUUCCCAGCUGCUCUUCAUGUCGUUUUGGCAGCUGCUAUAAAUGUCCUAUACGAGAAAAUAAUGAACUCUCUAUGUCUGUACUUGAAGUUGUGAUGGUAUGUUGAUGAAAAACCAGUUUCCCCGCA